CCCCCGUCGCCUCUAACCACCAUUCACAACAGUUGUUAGUGUAGUAGGGGAGGGUGAUGGAGGAGUUAGGCAUGUAGAUUCUACGACUCUUACUCAAGCGCGACUGCUCAGUCCGUCAGUUGUAGGUGGGAUGGUGGUAGUUCACUAGGCAACAGUCGAAUUAUGGAAUUUGUCGAUCUUUCUGUCGCUGGAUAAAAUUAAAAAGAAGUGACGCUUUUUUGCCAAAGGAAAAACUACAGGAGAUAGGAGCAGUUAAAACAUUGCCGUUUUUUUUUGCUCGUUGCUACUACGUCAAUUCGUUUAAAAAUGCCUCCCUUUCGGGUAUACAUCACGUGGAUCCAACUUUGGCUGAUUUUUGACACGGCUUUUUCCAGCUACUCAGAAGACCAAUGCAGCUGGAGAGGAAGUGGGCUGUCCCAGCCGCCGGGCAGCGUGGAGCAGAUCGCGCUCCGCUGCUCGGAGGGCUCGCUGGACUGGCUCUACCCGAAGGGGGCGCUGCGGCUCGCGCUGUCCCCCCGGCUGCCCUCCCCCGCGGCGGGGCCCAGAGGGGCCGGCCCCGGGGGCCACAUCACCGCCUGCAUCAGGCCCGCUGAGGGCUUCGGGGGGGCCCAGCUGUACCUGGAGCGCGGCGGGGUCCUGGAGCUCCUGGCGGGGGACCGGCCCGACCCCGCCCGCCCCCCCGGGGUGCGCUGCGUCCACCGGCGGCCCGAGGAGGGCGUGACCCUCUUCCUGCAGGCCACGCCCCAUCAGGACAUCAGCCGGCGAAUCGCGGCCUUCCGCUACGAGCUGCGCGGGGACUGGGGCGCGCGGCCAGCCCUGACCUCUGACCCCGUCAGCGGCGGAGGUGCCUGUAGGCCCUGCAAUGACACAGAAAUACUGAUGGCCGUCUGCACCAGUGACUUUGUGGUGCGCGGGACCAUUCGUUCGGUGUCGGACGACCGGGACCUCCAGACCUCGGUCAUCCGGGUGGCGGCCUCGCGGGUGUUCCGGCAGAAGCGCGUGCUGUUCUCGGGCGCGGGGCGCCUGGCGAAGGCCGGCGAGGUCCGCACGCCGCUGAGCUGCGGCGUCCGGCCCGGCCCCGGCAGCUUCCUGUUCACCGGCCGGGUCCGCUUCGGCGAGGCGUGGCUGGGCUGCGCGCCGCGCUACAGGGACUUCCGCCGGGCCUACGACCUGGCCGAGGGGGCGGGGCGUAUCCCCUGCGAGCUGCCGUCUGACUGAGGCCACGCCCCUCGCCUGCCAGACCAGGUCUGCCACCGCCCCUCCAGUUCCGGGACGGGCGUCGCUCCGGGCCGGACGGGCCCUCCCGUGGGCUCAGGCGCCGUGGGCCCCGCCGUUUUGGGUCCUGUGUGACCUUUCACCCCAGCUGUCGUAACAGCCCCUCAGUCCCUGCAUCCUCCGGGAGAUCCAGGAGCUGUGUCCUGGGUGGAGUAGUGUCUGACAGCUGAAGAACAAUCCCGGGCCAAGCAGUCGAUGACCCAGCGUUCCGUUCGCUGUGAUUGGUCCAGCCUUUAGCCUGCUGUGGGGGAGACGGGCAGGCUCGUGGCUGAAAGGCAUCUGCCAAUGCUGGACAGAGCAGACUCAACAAGGACUGUGCUGCCCUGUGUGGUCAUUACAUCAUUAGAUUUUGAUCACCGUAAGGGAUUACAAAAAAUACUCAGGAAAGUAAUGACUUACCUCUUUCUUGCGUUUGUGGAACCUGCGAUAUAAUAUAAAAUAUAAAAUAAAAUUGGUCAGCUGUCAGUGAAUCAAGGUUGGUUGAAUGAAUGGAACUGAUCCAUAGAUUUAUUUUUUCAUAAUUUUCAUUGUUCUUGAAGUAUUGACGGUGUCCUAAAAGAUAAAAAUGUGUACGUUAUAAGCAUCUCACUCCCCCGUUUAUUUGUUGGUCGGUCCUGUCUCAGGCAAAGGACCAUGGGUAAGAUGGGAAGGUUCCACUCAGAGGAAAUAGGGGGAGCUAAGCUUUUAAGAUUUUGACUUGCACUGCUGAGGAAAAGGGAACUUGUACGAAAUAUCUAUGAUCCAAGCACUGAGAAAUUUGGAAACCAAAUGAGAAAAAUGAUAUGAUGUUGCCUUUACGUGGGGAUGAGUACACAGAAUUUAAUAUAUUACUAUGGUGACACCAAAGCUAGCUUUGCUGGUUUCCAUGGGCGACGGAUUGGCAGACUGUCUUAAAUUUUAUAUGACAAGGUCUGUUAUUCUGGUACCCAUACAUGUUUUUAUUUUUACUAAACACAGGGUUGCACUUUUUCUUGAUGACCCUGUAUAAAUAAAGCUAUAUCAGUUUUUAAUAAAUGUUUGUAUUGUACGUACUUCAGGUAUUAUGUGUAUCUAGACCUAGCAGUUAAUCUUGUUGAACCAGUCUGUCUUUACCAAGAAAUCUUUCUCUGCAGGAUGGCUCUGUUAUCUUCAGGAAAGGUAUUUUUUAUUUGUUUGUUUGCUGUAAUUUUCUGACUUUAAAUCUCUAUGUUGGCCAUAAUCGCCAAGCAUGUCUCUGAGUUGCUUCCCAGAGUUUCCUGUUCUCAUGCAGACAGGAAGUGCUGGAGGUCACAUGACCUAUUUCUAAGCUUAUCCGAUGUGCCCAAGAUGACGUGUUCUUGUGUACUUAUCUAAUGUGUUCUAAUGUAUAAUUUUGGCCAUUAAUAAUGACCACUGAAUUCCACGCUAUUGUAUUUCUUUAUGUUUUAACAGAUAUAAGCUGAAAAUGACAGUGAUUUUGCCUUGUUUGGGAACUUUUGAUGGAGUCCAACGGAGGUCUUUGGCCUGUGUUCAAUCUUAUUGCAUCAUUCUAUAUUCUAUGAUCUUUAAAAAAACAAUUUGAGCGAUUGUUUCAUUUUUUGACCUUUAUGCAACUUUUUUUUUUUUUUUUUUUACUUUUUUUUGUUGUCACGAUGUUCAUAUUUUGUAAGUGUGAAAAGAAACACAGCAGAAGCUUAACUUUGUUAGUCAUCGUUAUGGAAAGAUUGAAUUUAGGCCACAAAAGGAAUGCUGCUGUUCUGGUUGCACAUUUUAGUAAGAGUUUAUUUAGUAUUGAGUUUACUGUUCCAUAUCUGUAAAGUCCACCGCGUUUAUGUAAGGACAUCAAAUUAACGUGUGUUCUAGUUGUGUGUGAAAGAGCUCUAUACUGCCAGUUUUACUUCCGUUUAAAUGUUUAUCAAUGUUAAUAUUUGUGUAUAUUGCUCAUGUCAAAGGGCUUGAGCAAAAAUAUGCCAGGAAAAGCAACACAUAAUGUGAACAGCUGUAUGUGAACAAAAUAUAUAACAUCUAAAUAUGAAA